AGGAUCCUGGGCUACGCGGAGGAGCCUUGUUACCUCUGGUUCGUCAUGGAGUUCUGUGAAGGGGGAGACCUUAACCAGUACAUCCUGUCACGAAGACCCAACCCUGCAACGAACAAGAGCUUCAUGCUGCAGCUGACCAGUGCCAUUGCCUUCCUCCACAAGAACCACAUUGUCCAUCGGGACCUGAAACCAGACAACAUCCUGAUAACCGAGAAAUCCGGCACCCCUGUUCUCAAGGUGGCCGACUUUGGGCUGAGUAAGGUCUGCGCUGGCCUGACUGCUCGGGGCAAGGAGGGUGGACACGAGAACAAAAAUGUGAAUGUGAACAAGUACUGGCUGUCCUCGGCUUGUGGCUCUGAUUUCUACAUGGCACCCGAGGUCUGGGAGGGACACUACACCGCCAAGGCUGACAUCUUUGCCCUCGGUAUCAUCAUCUGGGCCAUGAUUGAGAGGAUAACUUUCAUCGAUGCUGAGACCAAGAAGGAGCUACUGGGGACCUACAUCAAGCAGGGGACUGAGAUUGUGCCCGUUGGGGAAGCGCUGCUAGAAAACCCAAAGAUGGAGCUGCACAUCCCUCAGAAACGCAGGACUUCCAUGUCUGAGGGGAUCAAACAGCUCUUGAAAGACAUGUUGGCUGCUAACCCGCAGGAUCGACCUGAUGCCUUUGAGCUUGAAACCAGAAUGGACCAGGUUACAUGUGCUGCUUAA